AUGCCGGAGGGCCACAAAUCGAGGAUCACGUCUGACAUCUCUAGGAUAGACGGUUUGGACGAAGACAAUAGUACCAUCCCCAAACUUCGCAGACUUACAUUUCUACUUUUACUCGGCACGCCGUCGUUGGAGAGACUUUUGCAGAUCAUUGAACAGGAAGAUGACACGCAAUGGAAAGAACUAAAGACGCUUUUGGUCGAUCGGACAUCUAAUAUUAAUGUUGUCGCCUCUCUGGCAAUUGGCACAUGUGCUUCGUUCUUGGCAAGUAGCGGUCCGACAGAUAUCGCUAAUUGGAGUCACCCCUUUCCAUACCUUUGUAUCUUAGCCGGCAGCGUCUUUGCGACAUUGUCUGUUCUGAGUGGUAUUGGUCUCUUAGCGUUCGUCAACACUCUGCGACCUCAAACCGUCAAAGACAUGCGAUCCAGCAAUUUGAAGUUCGUACUGACGAUUACGCUACUGGCGAUGCCCUUCCUCUGCUUGUUUAUUUCCGGACUCGCGUCUGUCACUGGAUGUCUCGGCGCAGUCUGGUUCGGAAACAGCACAUGGGCAAGGACGGGCGUCACGGCCGGGUUCGCAUGGUUCAUUAUCAUGAUACUCGUAAUAUUUGGCUCGCUUUAUUAG